AUGUGCAAUCGGGUGAGCCGAGAACUACUUGAGUCAUGGUUCACGGGCCCCCAAUCCAUAAAAAAGUGCAACGUUUUGCCGAAUCCAUAUUUGGUGCUGAGAUUCGAGUUGACCAAAGCAAGUCGCCACUUGGGCAACGGACAGGCCACCGCGUCAGCCUACGCAAACACCGGAGGGCCGGAUGGCCAAGAAAUCAUCAGGCCCGAGUACGCCGCGCGUGAUGAAAGUUCAACAGGUCAGAGCCCGCCUGCCGUCCAGCAAGCUAUCCACGCGCAAGAAGGCAAUUAA